GUUGGCCUAGCCUAUCUUUAUUGGCACCUCGAAAUGCAUUGCUUAAGAGUCAUUGCUUGAGAGUAAAGAAGAAAAUGGACACAAAACCAAAUUACUUUAAUGCUAACCGAUUCAUAUGCAAGUAGGCCUUACAGUUGAUAUGGACAUGACGCAGUUGUUUGUUUACCUACAAGUGCAACAGGACUUUAACCGAAAUGGUUCCUAACACACUCUCGGUAGAAUAAUAAGCGCGUAUUUGAUAACAGAACCCACCGGAACGUUUUGGUAGAGGAAGGUUUACAGAACAGUUAGAGUUUGCCACACCUUGGUGAAAAUAAAAUCCUGUCUAUUUUUUACAAAUUGACCUGAAGCGUAACAGCCUGGAAUGGGGGCGUUCCCUAGUAACGAGGAGGCUCAGGCCAUCUUACCACAGACGGACAAACAGAGGCCAGAAGGACGAUCAACCUCAGGAGAUACAGUGAACUGCCCCACCUGCCAGGGGACAGGCCGUAUCCCAAGAGGACAAGAGAACAAAUUAGUAGCAGUGAUAUCGUGCACAGACCAGAGACUCAAGCCAAGACGCACGAAGCUGUAUGUGUGUGUGUCAGUAGGCCUGUGCCUGCUCUUCAGUGGACUCUUCCUCUUCUUCCUGUUCCCUCGCAGUGUGGCUCUCUCAGAGUUAGGAUUGCAGUCUGCCUAUGUGUUCUUCACACCAACGGCAGUUAACGCCACCAUCCUCCACUCCUUGGAGAUCAGGAAUGAUAACUUUGCAACGGUGGAGGCCUCAGACCUGACAGUGCAGGUGUUCUAUGUGGACACAGUUGUUGGCGCAGCUCGUGCUACCAAUGUGACUACCAUCCCACCACGAUCUAAGAAAAAACACUCCUUUGAGAUUCGUGUCAGUCUGACUGACCCAGGGCUGAAUAAAUACUGCAAGACAGCGUUCACUGUUCAUGUCCUAUUUCUGAAAUUACAGGUGUCCAUGACUGUGUACUAUUUAGCCCACUAUGAGCAGCUGUCCUUGGAGACAUUUCAGUAUUUAGACUGUGGGGCUAACCGCACCACAGCCCAUGUGUUUAACGGCAGCCAGUGAGACGCCAGACGCUAAUACUGCAAGUACAUUUUUUCUUUGAGCUGUUAUACAGUUUUUGUAUUCCAGACAGUUUUUGAUUGUUGGAUCCUGACUGACUGAAGUGUUGCUGUGGUAAAAGCAGACCUCAUAUUCCGAACUAGAGGUGCCUGUCAUUUCUUCCACACAUCUCUUUGUCGGAGCUUUUCGUGAAAAGUCAAAUCAUGAUAUUCACAACGACGACGAAGGCCAUUCGCCCCCUGAGCCUUCUUUUUCAUGUUUCUAAUUUUAUAUCAAUACCAUGGAUGGCUAGAGUCGCCCAUUUUAGUCAUACACAGGAAAAGAUGUUAAAUUCCUUAUGCUAUUGGUUGGGGACUUCCCACAGCAGCCUCUCAAACAGUCACAUGCAGGUACUCAGACUGAAAGUGUCAAAGUAUGUCAUCUUGCAACAACAGGCUUCACGUUAUACAGGCUGCUUCAUGUUAUACAGGCUUCUCCACGUUAUACAGGUUAAUUCACGUGUCCCCACGUAAUCUGUGAGUGCCUCCGCCAUAACCACUGGCUAUUCCAGCAGCAGCAGCUUUUCAGCAGCCUUCAGACAACUCCUUCAAAGCUCCUUUGAAUGACCAUCCUUGAAAACCGAAGUCCAACAGAAGUGAUGGUGUUGAUAUAUCUACAAAGGCCUCUAGCUCCUUUAUCCACAUGCUUUGGCUUCCUCAAUCACAUCUUCAGAGGGAGUCAUUAACUCAAUGACGUAAGCAAUGCGCUCACACUCAAAUUCUACACAAUGUCUGGUCUCAUAGCACUUACGUUACUUUACAUGCACUACAAAUGAAGGGCCAGGAGCUCUCACAGCUUUACUGUGUACUGUUUAAGUACAUGCCAUAUGCUUACCCUCUCAUAUUAGAGAGUGCCGCAAUGAAUGAAGUAUUGUGCUCUUUAUAGCAAACCAAGUUUUCAAUGUUUGUUUGUUUCCCGUGUCAAUAAGAAAUAAAAAGAUAUUU